CUGUUAGUGAGUGUCGAUCGCUCGUGUUUCAGUUGAUUUAAGCCCGCGGCAUCCAAGGGGACGAGCUCCCGCUCCUGCUUCCGCCACUCGCCAAGUCUAGGGUUUGCGAGAAGAAAGGGUCGGCGAAAGGAGCAACAAGUCGAGUAAGACAAUGGAGGAUGACACUAAUGAGGCCCAGGGUUGGAGGAAAUGGUGCUUUUGUGAUUGAGAGCCAUCAGAUCAAAAUAGGCUUCAGGAGGAUGGGGAUAGGUAGAAGUGACGUUACUUCUUCUUCAUGUUGAGAUGUGAAACUAAUGGCCUUGGUUUUCUCUCAAACUCAUGGGGCUAUUGUUCUUCAAAGUAAUAGAAGCUUACAUCUGGGCUUUCAUAGUUUGAAAAACUUUAUAACAUGGUCAAUUGGCUGGACCACCCCCUUUAGUAGUGGGUUCGGGGACUGGAAUCAUGAUUAACAAGUGAGGAGAUAGGAUUGACUUGACAAUACAGAUGCCACAGUAGGGGUAAUGUUGUUCAUUUUGGAAGUGAUCCAUGGACCUUUGCUUCACUGUUGGAUAUAUGCAACUUUUGAAGGCUGGAAAGAAAGAAGAGGAGGAAUUCAACACGGGGCCUCUCUCUGUUUUGAUGAUGAGUGUCAAAAACAAUACGCAGGUGCUCAUUAAUUGCCGGAACAACAAGAAGCUCCUUGGCCGUGUCAGAGCAUUUGAUCGCCAUUGUAACAUGGUUCUUGAAAAUGUUAGGGAAAUGUGGACCGAGGUACCCAAGACUGGUAAAGGCAAGAAGAAAGCUCUUCCCGUCAACAAGGAUAGAUUCAUCAGUAAGAUGUUCCUUCGAGGGGACUCUGUCAUCAUCGUUCUCCGGAAUCCCAAGUGAGCUCACAGGUUUCUCUUAUGAUGAAUAGUCACGUCAUACUUGUAGUGCAGCUGUGAACUGGCUCUUACAUUACUGAUGUGACUCAAAGGUUUACCGUCCACCUUUCUUGUGGGAUUAUUUGCACCUUUUGACUUGCAUAUGACUUUGUUACUGGAAUCAGAUUGGGGCUUUUGACUGCUUCCUUGAUAUUCAAGCUCCUUACAACUUUAGUACAUGGUGUACUUUUGGCUCUCUUCA